AUGGGAGGGGUGACGUCAUCAAUGGCGGCGAAGCUAGCAUUUUUCCCUCCGAACCCACCAAGUUACAAAGUAAUUACGGAUGAUGCCACUGGGUUGUUGCUGUUGGACCCAUUUCCGCACCGUGAAAACGUCGACGUUUUGAAGCUGCCGACACGGCGGGGGAAUGAGGUUGUGGCUAUGUAUAUACGGUACCCUAUGGCGACCUCGACCUUGCUUUAUUCCCAUGGAAACGCGGCGGAUAUUGGGCAGAUGUAUGAGCUUUUCAUUGAGCUCAGUAUUCACCUCAGAGUCAAUCUCAUGGGGUAUGACUAUUCAGGCUAUGGGCAGUCAUCUGGAAAGCCAAGUGAGCACAAUACUUAUGCUGAUAUUGAAGCUGCAUUCAAGUGUCUCGAAGAGAGCUAUGGGGCUAAGCAAGAAGACAUCAUCCUAUAUGGUCAAUCUGUUGGGAGUGGUCCGACCUUAGAUCUUGCUGCCCGUUUGCCUCGACUAAGGGCUGUUGUUUUACAUAGUGCUAUCCUGUCAGGCUUAAGAGUCAUGUAUCCUGUGAGGCAUACAUACUGGUUUGACAUUUAUAAGAACAUUGACAAAAUCCCAUUGGUGAAGUGUCCUAUUCUGGUUAUUCAUGGCACUGCUGAUGAUGUCGUUGACUGCUCUCACGGCAAACAACUUUACGAGCUAUCUCAAGAGAAAUUCGAACCAUUAUGGCUGAAGGGUGGAAACCACUGUGAUUUGGAACUAUAUCCGGAAUAUAUUAGGCACCUAAAGAAGUUUGUUUCUACAGUUGAAAAACCACCCUCCCAGAGGAACACUUCCCGAAGAAGUAUAGACCGGCCGGAACAUUCCAGGAGGAGUACUGACCGUUUUGAGGCUCCAAGAAAGAGCACUGACCGGAGGGAGAAACCUAGAAAAAGCACUGAUAAGCCAGAAAAAAUGAAAAAUUAUGAGUAUAAAAUUCAUUCUGAUGACAAGCUUUCUAAGUUGAGAGUAUCAUUUGACCAGACAGAGAGAUCUCGGAGGAGUGUGGAAUAUCAUGAGAAGUCCCGGAGGAGUAUCGAUCAUCAACUGGAGAAGGCACGAAAGAGCGUGGAUUGGCUGGACAGAAUACGAGCUGUGUGA